UGUGGGAUGGCAAUGACAGACUUAAUCAUACUCUCUGCGCUUACUGACAAAUGUAUCGACAGCACAGGAUGGUAGCCUGGACGGUGUGGACCCUCCUGAUGUGUGCAGUCCUCACUGGGCAAGGCUCAAAGGCGCAGAAUUGUGGAGUAGCACGCCUGAACACGAGGGUAGUUGGUGGUGGAAAUGCCACAGCCGGGUCAUGGCCCUGGCAGGUCAGCAUGCACAAUAUAGGGCAAAGUCACUUCUGUGGAGGGACCCUCAUCAGUGACCAGUGGGUCCUCACAGCAGCCCACUGCAUUAUAAGUGUCACACCUAGUUCAUAUACUCUCUACUUUGGAAGAGAGACUCAGUCCGGCCCUAAUGUUCAUGAGGUUAACCGCACUUCGUCCCAGAUCAUCCUCCAUCCGGACUACAAUAACACAUGGUUUAACAACGACAUCGCCCUGAUGAAGCUCAGCAGCGCAGUCAGUUUCAAUGACUACAUCAGACCUGUAUGCCUGGCGAGUAACUCCAGCCAGUUUCACAACUCCACCUCCUGCUGGGGCACAGGUUGGGGCCGAAUAGGAAAGGAUGAGGCCUUACCGAACGCUUACUCGCUGCAAGAGGUUCAGGUUCCUGUCAUUGGAGGAAAGCAGUGCGGUUGCAUCUACCGCUCAGAAGUUAACAUCACUAAUGAAAUGAUUUGUGCGGGACAAGAGAACAAAGGCAUAUGUCAGGGGGACUCCGGUGGUCCUUUGCAAUGCAAACAAGCCUCAACGUGGAUCCAGUCUGGCAUCGCCAGUUUUGGAAUACCGUGUGCUACAGCUGGUUUCCCUGAAGUCUACGCCCGAGUGUCUGAGUUCGAGACUUGGAUAAUAGAUAAAGUGGCGGGGGCGAAGGUAAACUUUGUGACUUUCACCUCCGCCGGCACUGACCAAGACAACAGUUUCAAGUGUCGCAGUUCACCCACAAAAGCUCCAAAUACGACUUCCACAGCUGUUUUUACUGAGCUUACAUUGAUUGUCAUUGUUGGGACAGUGCUCCUGCAGCACACUGUAGCUCCAUAGUGCUGCAAUGCGCUAACAACUUCUCAAUGUCCUUUUCUGUUGUGUUGGGUUAUGUCUCUUACAUUGUUUGACUAACAUUCUACUUAUAUGUACUACAUCAGUAGUUUUAGAGCAUGGUUUUGUCUCUGUGGAAAGGUUUUUUGCACUUACAAACUUAAUUCAAAAUGCAUCUUGUUUAAAAUACCAAUGAUUGUAAUAGCUAAUGGUAUAGCCAUUCUUGUUGUCAGUUGCACUACAACACCCUAUAUUAAAGCAAAUAAUAAAAGAUGAUCUGUUUUUCUCUUUCAAAAAA